UUUAGCGAGAAAAGGGAUGCAUGAAUCAUAACAGAUUUGUAUCCUCUUUGUACAAGAAUUCAUCGAUUCGAAAACAGAAACUUAUUAGACACAUAUGAUUGAUUGAUCAUUCCCUAAGUGAAGAAGACUAUAAAUAGACAGGACUUUUAGAGAGAGAGAGCGAGAGAGAGAGAGAGAGAGACCGUUGGGUGGCGCUUCGGGGAGGAGAGCAGAACUGCCCAGAGAGCACCAUUGGGGAAAACCCCAAGAACCCAAAUUUUGUCAAAAUUUGAAAUUCCUGGAGCAAUUAAUCCAAAACCCAUCAAUAACUCGACAAUUCCAAUGCUUCUUUGCUUGUAUAUAUGAAUGUAUACGUGGUGUAUAUAUAUAUAUGUAUGUUUUGUAGCAGCUUCAAAGCCCAACUGUUCAUAGAUCUCUAUUCUUUUUCAGAAUGCGUGGUCUUGGAAAAAAGUCAUCCCUCAAGGAGUCAGGAAAACCUCGUUAUCCCAAUUCUGUAGCAAAGCUAAUUUCAUCACCAAAAUUUAGAAAAGGUGGCAAAGUUUCCCAUGUUAAAAAAAUAAAACCAAAGUCCAAAACUAUUAUUGCUUCAUGCUUGUCGAAGAAGAGAGGUGCUGACUCUUCAAGGAAGGGGUCUAGGAAUAAUGAUACUGAUAAAAAAUUGAUGAGUAGAAAAGGAGUUCAUAAGGUACAUGAUACAAAUUCUUCCAAAAAGCUGUCUUCUGUGAAACUUCAGGAUGAGAAGUUCUCAUUCAAGGGCUCUGACAAGAAAGGGGAAAAUGCUGAUGGGGAAGUCAACCUUAGAAUAAAAAGGAGAAGAAAGAAGAAAUUACAAAAGGAUAAGGUGGAGUUAGAUGAAACUUCUCGCUUGCAGAGGAGGACAAGAUACCUGCUGAUUAAAAUAAAGCUGGAGCAGAACCUCAUUGAUGCUUAUUCUGGUGAAGGUUGGAAGGGUCAGAGCCGAGAAAAGAUUAAGCCAGAAAAGGAACUACAAAGAGCUAAGAAACAGAUAUUGAAAUGUAAGCUUGGAAUCCGUGAUGCUAUUCAUCAACUGUAUUCUCUGAGUUCAGUGGGUAGCAUGGCAGAUUCUGUUAUUGCUGCAGAUGGAUCUGUUUAUCAUGAACAUAUAUUCUGUGCGAAGUGCAAGUUGAAUGAAGCAUUCCCCGAUAAUGAUAUUAUACUGUGUGAUGGGACAUGCAAUUCUGCAUUCCACCAAAAAUGUCUGGAUCCUCCCUUGGAUACUGAAAAUAUUCCUCGAGGAGAUCAAGGCUGGUUUUGCAAAUUUUGUGAGUGUAAAAUGGAAAUACUAGAAGUAGUCAAUGCUCAUCUUGGGACCUGCUUUUCCAAUGACUGUGGUUGGCAGGAUGUCUUCAAGGAAGAAGCCGCUUUCCCUGAUGGUGAGAAUUCGUUAUUAAACCCAGAUGAAGAAUGGCCUUCAGAUGAUUCUGAAGAUGAUGAUUAUAAUCCAGAAAGGAACGAGAACAGCUGCAGCUUCAGCAUGGGAGGCACUGAUGACAAUGCAUCAGAUGACGAAUUGUCAACUGAUGUCAGUGUAGGUUCUGAUGAGUCUACUGAUGGGGAAGUUGUUUCUGGCCGCAGACAGAGAAGACGUGUUGAUUAUAAGAAGUUAUAUGAUGAAAUGUUUGGAAAAGAUGGUCCUUUGCACGAACAAAUUAGUGAUGAUGAAGACUGGGGUCCUGUUAAAAGAAAGCGGAGAGAAAAGGAAUCUGAUGCAGCCAGCACCCUUAUGACUCUCUAUGAAAGCGAGAGAAUUCCAGAUGUCACCCCUACAGAAGUGAAAAGUAAACAUCCUCCAGAUACUCAAGUUAGAAGGGCAUGUUUCCGAAUACCUCGCAAGGCAGUAGAGAAGCUGCGCCAAGUGUUUUCUGAGAAUGAACUUCCUUCUAGAGAUGUGAAGGAGAAUCUUUCAAAAGAGUUGGAACUAGAUCCUGAGAAGGUUAGUAAAUGGUUCAAGAACGCACGUUACUUAGCCCUCAAAACCAGAAAGGAAGAGAGUGCUACAAACCUUCACACUUUUACUCCUGGAAUCUCCAAGGAAUCCACACAUGAAAAUAUGACUGAAAAAGCUGCUGAUCUCAUGGCAUCAGAUUCAGAUGAUAUCUUAGCUGAAACUGUGGUCCAUUCUCCAAGAAAUGUUAAGUCCUUCCGGAGAAAGCACCCAAAAUCAUUAAGCAGCCCUUUGAGGAAAAAUCAACAGAGAGGAUAUUCAAGUGGGUCACCUGCAAAGAGAAACAAGGAUGGAAUGGAGUUGAGUGACAAUGUGAGCUUGAAGAAGCUUUUGAAAGCAAGAACAAAGGAGAAGAAGGCCAACCUUAUUGCUGGAGGUGGAUGUCGAGUUGCAGAACUGGAAAUGGAGAGACUAUGUAAUGCCAAAGGUAGGCUAGAAAGUAUGAGACAGAAAUUACUGAAAUUUCAAAAUGCCAAGGCAAAGAAGUCAAAUAAAUCUCUCUUGCAUGAACAGUCUGUGAUUUAUGUUCCAAUAGCAGAACUAAAGGAAAAAGUUUGAUAUUCUGAAAUGUUGUGAAUUUUCAUAUUAGCAUUUUUGUCAUCUCAA